AUGGCACCAACCGCCGUCGAAGUGGAAUACAUACGAGAUGUGCUGAACAAGUCGCCAACCAUCCACGUCGAGCAUAACAUCGAUGACCAUGUUGCCUUUGGCGGCGACGACCAAUGGUACUACAACCCCGCCACCCGCCGCUUCGACCUUUCCCGCGGCAGCGUCCGUAGGCUGACCGUCGACGCCGACGAUGGCAUCCGCAACCACCGCGGGGUCAUGAUCGACCCGGACAAGACGCUCCUCGUCAUCAUAGACAUGCAGAACUUCUUCAUCCACCCCAAGUUCCGCGAUCACAGCGAGGGGAUCAAGACGGUGCAACCGCUGCUACGCGUGAUCGAGAAGUGCAGGAAGGAAGGCAUACAAGUCUGCUGGCUGAACUGGGGCAUUACGGACUACGACCUCAAAGUCAUGCCACCAGCAGUCACGCGCGGCUUCAACAAAGCGCUCGCGCACGAGAAAGGUCACGGCUGGCACGUCGGAUUAGGCGCCAUGUUACCUCCCGAGCAAGGCGGAGAGCGCUGCCUAUUCCAAGGAACCUGGAACGCGGACAUCUACGACCCGCUCAAGGAGUACAUGACGCCACAAGACGUCCGCUUCGACAAAGCGCGCAUGUCCGGUCUCUGGUCGCCCGAGCUACCAAUGCACCAGUGGCUGCGCGAGAGCGGCAAGAAGACGCUCCUCUUCGCGGGAGUGAACACGGAUCAGUGCCUGCUCGGCACUCUCACCGACGCGUACUCAUGGGGCUGGGACUGCAUCCUCCUCACCGACUGCGCGGGCACCAUGACCGACGUGCUUGGCGCGAAGGAGGUGUGCGAUUACAACGUCGCGACGAACAUGGGCUUUGUGACGGACUCGGAGGCGUUCUGCGCGGCGGAGUCGGUCUAG